UUUCAGCGGAAGUUGCGUGACGUCACGCUGAGGUCUGCUGGCGAGAAUAUUCUACCAACUGGCAGUAAAGCAAUGGCGACUCAACUCCGUUUCCCUGACAGCCUUAUUGACGAAGACCCGCAGAAAGCUCUCGAGGCACUGAACGACGGCUUGCAAGGAGACUCUGACAACGCUGAGUGGCUGUGUCAACGCGCCUAUGCCUACAUACUUCUCAAAAACUACAGCUGUGCUGUUAAUGAUGCCAAGAAAGCGCAGCAGCUGAAUCCAAGCCUUUCUCUUGCCUUCCUGCGAGCAGGAAUAGCCGAGUACCACCUGACCCACUACGAGUCAGCCCAUGCAGCCUUCACUCAGGGCCACCAACUGGAUGUUUCUGACAAAUCAUUUGAUAUUUGGCUCAAGCGAUGUGAGGAAAUGUUGGGUGAGAAGACGCACAAUGGCAGUGCUGACGCGCACUUGCCAGCCGUGCCACAUGUGAAACAUGACUGGUACCAAACCGAAUCGCAAGUCAUCAUCUCAGUUAUGGCAAGAAAUGUUCCUAAGGACGGUGUGUCCGUCAACUUCAUGGAAAAAGAGCUCUCAGCCUCAAUAAGGCUGGCAUCUGGGGAAAACUACAACCUCAACCUCUGCCUUCUGCAUCCCAUCGUCCCACAACAAAGCAACUUCCGGAUCCUCACCACUAAGGUGGAGAUGAAGAUGAAGAAGACAGAUGCCAUCAGAUGGGAGAAGCUAGAGGGAGAGGGACAGGAAUCCAACGUCAAACACUUCGAUCCAAAUCAGUACCCGACAUCGUCCCACCACAGCCGCAAAUGGGACAAGAUGGUGGUGGACAUUAACGCGGAGGAAAAAAACGAGAACUUGGAGGGCGACGCGGCGCUCAACCAGCUCUUCCAGCAAAUCUAUGCCGAUGGCUCGGAUGAGAUCAGGCGCGCCAUGAACAAGUCUUUUACGGAGUCAAACGGUACAGUCCUGAGCACCAACUGGAAAGAUGUGGGCAAGAGAAAAGUGGACGUGAGCCCGCCCGAUGAUGCUGAGUGGAAGAAGAACUGAAGCCCUGCCUCGCUGUUUCUCUCCCCUUCUCUUUUUUCCCUCAGUUUGACCCGAUCGUUCUCUAGCUAACCCCGUCUUAAGUUCGGCGGGGGGUUUCGAUACGUCUCACUUUCCGCCUUACGCGGCGCUUCGGAGCCGUGGCGUGUUCGCUCUUUCCCCCAACCGGGACAGUUCGUUCCAGCUUUGCGACUCACCACCCUGCAGUUUGGAAGAGCAAACUGAUGAUGUGUUGGUCAAUAUCGCUAUAAAGUGCCUUUGGUAAACAUUUGCACACAAAGAUGAAAAGUUUGUUUAUUUUAUCAUCCCCCCCGCCUCAUUGGUUCUAUGUGAUUUUGACGUGCCCCACAUGCUGCUCUGCUAAACUGUGUGUAGUAAAUGCUUCAAGGAUAAAAUAAAAAAAAAAAAAACAUAAGAUAUAUCUCAACAAAUUAGAAUAGUGUCAAAAGCUUAAUUUAGUCUAGUAGUUCAAUUAAAAUAUUGAAACUCAAGAGAGAUGCACUACACACGGAGUGAAAUAUUUCUUGAUUGUUUUAAUAUCUCAUUUUGAUGAUUAUAGCUCACAGCAAACCAAAACCCUCGAGUAACUCGAAUAUUACGCAACAAACAAUCAAACAAUUGAAAUGAUUUUUAAUGUCGAAAUUAGGCAGGAAUUUGCCCUCUGAAAAGUAUUUUUCCAAGAGGUUAAUGGAGCUGUAAAAUGUAUGAGUACUAAAUGAAUAUUCUAAUGUAUUAAGAUGAACUUGUAGUUUUACUAUCUACAAAAAGUUCUUGUAUAAAACGAGUCAUUUGAUCAUGUAUAUCCUAUUCUCAUAAUCCUAUUGAACAUUUUGCUUGUGUCCCUGAAAUUGCUGUCCAUCCUGUCGUCAUGGGAUGGCCGGCCGGCCUUUCUCAAAUCCUGUUUUUAGUGAGUGACAUUACUACUAGCAGCAUCGUGUCUGUCUUCAAUAGAGGCCCAAACUAAAAUAUUGACAUUUCUACUUCCAAAUCAUCAUAAUGUGGAGCUGAAUGUUGUCAAGCUUGACACGUCCACUCUGUCAUCGUGAAAUAUCAAAUGAUGAUAUCAAAUCUUUCCAGGAAUUCUUACUGUAUAGUGGUGCCCUGAGAUACGAGUUUAAUUUGUUGGGUGAGCAUGCUCGGAACUCCAAUCACUUGUAUCUCAAAUCAACUUUCCCCAUUGGAAUGAAUGGAAAUGUCAUCAAUCCGUUCUUGUUUCCCUCAAAAAAAAACCAAAAAAGUUCUGUAAUGUUUUUUAACAUAUCUACAAUAUUGUACCUUAUAAAAACAUACAAUAAUCACAAUUUAAUAGAAUUCAAACAGUUUUGGUCACACUUGGCAUCAGUUGAGUGGCCAGUGUGCUGCUGUCUGCCUUGGCCACCUGAGGGCAGUAUAAGAGACGGACGUCUGUACAUUAAAGACGCCGCAGUUCCUCACAAAGGAUAGAAUAGGUGUGUGCUUUCUCCAUGUGUUGCAGCACCGUUUGUGUUCAAAUCUUAGUUUCCGUAACCCUUACGGCAUAACGGGCCAAGACCUCCAAUGUCCAACUUUGGUUAACUAUUUGUCACUCCCCACGUGGGUCUGUUGUUUUUACAAAUGAUUGACCAAUCGAAAGUGUUGAAAAUGGCUUGCUCUCUUUGACGAUGCAAUGUUGCGCAACACACGCUGUUUUUAUUUUUUUAUUUUGGUGUGUUUGUUUUUUGGAAAUGAUUUUGGAGAUGUGUGUGUUCCGAUCAACGGCAGCGAUGUGCGUGUCCAUUAUGUGUUAGAAUUAGCAUGAAAGGCUAUGCUGUUUGUUUCAAAUACACAUGUAAUUGUCCUAUUUUGAUGUGUAGUUUGACAGUAAACUUGGAGAGUGGCAUUAAACGGCUUGAAGCCUCUUUUUU